AUGAUUAAGCGUAUCAACAUCGCAAAAUGCUCGAGAGUUAAGUUAUCAGUGCAGAGUAAGCAUUUCCAUUCCUCACAACUAUGGCAGUAUAAGAAUUGGUCAGAACUUAACAAGAAGAAUAAACAGCAUUUUAUUAGGGGAUUUAUUCAACUGUACAAAGAAAAACAUCCAUGUAGUAAGAGUAAUGUGAUGUACCGUGCACUGGCCAAUGAUAUGGAAGAAUUUGACGACACACCUUAUGUUUUUGGUAUAUUGUACAACGAGAUAAGAUCGGUGUCAAUAGGGAUCUCAACGGAUAAUAAGAAAGGUGUAGGUGCCAUGGGUGACCCAGACUUUGAGAAGCUUUUGUUCAAAUAG